UCCAUCCUCCGCCGCCUCAGCUUCCCGAGCGAGUCCUGCGGCCGCCGGAGCAGCUCCCGCGGCGGAGCAGGAGCCGGAUGGUCAGAGGAGCCCGGCAGCCCCAGCAGCCGCGGAGUCGCCUGGCCCCCAGACUGACUGGCACAGUGGAGAAACCACCUCGAAAACGGAAAAGCAGGACUGAAUUUGCUCUUAAAGAAAUCAUGUCCUCUGGAGGUGCUGAAGAUGACAUCCCGCAAGGAGAGAGGAAAACAGUUACAGAUUUUUGUUACCUUCUGGAUAAGUCUAAACAACUGUUCAAUGGGUUAAGGGAUUUGCCCCAGUACGGGCAGAAGCAGUGGCAGUCCUAUUUUGGAAGAACUUUUGACGUUUACACCAAACUCUGGAAGUUCCAGCAGCAGCAUCGACAAGUCUUGGAUAAUCGGUAUGGCUUGAAGCGGUGGCAAAUAGGGGAAAUUGCUUCUAAGAUUGGGCAGCUGUACUACCAUUAUUACUUACGCACAUCUGAGACCAGCUAUCUGAACGAGGCUUUCUCCUUCUAUUCCGCCAUCAGACAGAGAUCUUAUUAUUCUCAAGUCAAUAAAGAGGACAGACCCGAAUUGGUAGUUAAGAAGCUACGAUACUAUGCAAGAUUUAUAGUAGUUUGUCUUCUUCUCAACAAAAUGGAUGUUGUGAAGGAUCUCGUGAAGGAAUUGUCUGAUGAAAUUGAAGAUUAUACUCACCGCUUUAAUACUGAAGAUCAAGUGGAGUGGAACCUGGUGCUUCAGGAAGUCGCAGCUUUCAUUGAGGCGGACCCCGUAAUGGUCCUGAAUGAUGACAAUACCAUUGUUAUCACAUCCAACCGCCUCGCUGAGACAGGAGCCCCUUUGCUGGAACAGGGCAUGAUUGUGGGACAGCUGUCUCUGGCUGACGCACUCAUUAUUGGUAAUUGUAAUAACCAGGUUAAGUUCAGUGAACUAACUGUUGACAUGUUCCGGAUGUUGCAAGCCCUGGAAAGGGAGCCGAUGAAUUUAGCCUCCCAGAUGAAUAAGCCAGGAAUGCAGGAAUCAGCCGACAAGCCUACCAGGCGAGAAAACCCCCACAAGUACCUGCUCUACAAACCCACCUUCAGCCAACUGUACACAUUCUUAGCAGCAUCUUUUAAGGAGCUGCCUGCCAAUAGUGUGCUCCUGAUCUACCUGUCAGCCACCGGCGUCUUCCCCACAGGUCGUUCUGAUAGUGAAGGUCCCUAUGAUUUUGGAGGGGUACUUACUAAUAGUAACCGGGAUAUUAUAAAUGGAGAUGCCAUUCACAAACGAAAUCAGUCCCACAAAGAAAUGCACUGCCUCCACCCUGGAGACCUCUAUCCCUUCACGAGGAAGCCGCUGUUCAUCAUCGUGGACUCGUCCAACAGCGUCGCCUAUAAGAAUUUCACAAACUUAUUUGGACAGCCACUAGUCUGCUUGCUUUCUCCUACAGCAUAUCCAAAAGCUUUACAAGAUCAAUCUCAACGAGGUAGCCUCUUCACUCUCUUUUUGAACAAUCCUCUAAUGGCCUUCCUAUUUGUCUCUGGAUUGUCAAGCAUGCGUAGAGGCCUGUGGGAAAAGUGUCAAGAAUAUCUUCGAAAAAUCAACCGCGACAUUGCCCAGCUACUGACGCAUUCACGUUCAAUAGAUCAGGCAUUCCUGCAGUUCUUUGGAGAUGAAUUUCUCCGCUUGCUUCUCACAAGAUUUGUCUUUUGUUCAGCCACCAUGAGGAUGCACAAGAUUUUUCGGGAAACACGAAACUAUCCUGAAUCAUACCCACAGCUGCCAAGGGAUGAGACCGUGGAGAACCCUCACCUCCAGAAGCACAUUUUGGAAUUGGCGUCCAUUCUGGAUGUUCGAAACGUGUUCUUUGAAAAUACCAUAGAUGACUAUUAACACAGAAAUCCUCUUGUCGAAACAGAUUUUUCAUUUGCCACAGAUUUUAAAUGGUGCCGUUUUCUAAUGUGAUGACAGACACACAGUGGUGUUACUUAAGUUUUUAUUUUUUAAUUUAGGACCACCAUUUUAAGAACAAACUGAAAAAAUUGUUCAUACUUUUAGGGUAAUUGUUUUAAAAUACAAUCUUUCGGGUCUUUUUAAAAACUCGACUAAUCUUGGGAUUUUUUUUUUUUUUCAUUUUCGUUUUUGAGGUAUGGAAACUUGCCUCCAGCAUCUAACCCUACACUCAAAUAGUCACUAUUCUCACCCUGUGAAGAGUAAAUUAUUUAUUUUUGUACAUGAAGAAAAUCCAACUCUUAAACUUGGACCUUACGUGUGUGGAUUUGGAAAAUACAUAAUUGUUCAGAGAGGAAACUAGCCAGCAUGGACCAUUAGAAAUCAAGAACAGAGUCCUGCCAUACUAUUUCUUUGCAUUCCAACUUAGUACGUAGAAAGUGUAUGAUUCUCUGAAGUAUAAUCAACAGUUCUUGAAAUCAUUUCACUUGUUUAAAUACUGUCAGAAUUUCAGAAACUGUGUAAGACUGAUUUGCAUCUGAAGGCUAAACCUUUCAUUGGGGUCUUGAGAGGGAUAAAUAUCGUUUGGAAUGUGUGGGUCCUGUGUUGCUAUGAGAUAUGUUUGCAUACUUUGUUUCCUUCAUAGUCUCUGAGUGUUGAAAUGAAAAAGAACCACUUCUAAGUAUUUCACUUGAAACUCAGAUUGUUGGUUUCAUAAGACAGUAUUUGCAGUGGGAAUUCUAUUUAAAUUCUUCGUUUGUAAGGUCAGGUUUAAAGACUGUCUAGAUGGAAGCCCAUGGAAUGCAGUUGAGAGUCUGUAACCUUUUUGCAUAGUUCAAAUGUAUGUGACUUCAGAGUCAGAGAUGUUAUGCAUUUUAGCUGAGGGUAACUGAAUUGUUAUUUAACCUAAAGUGGAAGUUGAUUUCGCAUUGACAAUUUGGCGAUAAGAUUUUUUAAAACUUGUUUUAUUUAAUAUUUUAUAUUCAUGCACAAGUUCUUUUUAUUAUUUUAAAUAGGGCUCAGUAUAUAAUAUAAAGAUGUUUGUGUUUUUCCUCCCUGUCAUCCCCUUCAUAAUUUCGCAGGCACUAGCUGUGAUGUUUUCCCCCCCUUUUAACUCCACAGAAUUCAAGUUCAGAACGUUAUGAAUCACAAGCCCUGCUGCCUAAUUUUCUGUACAGGCUCGCAUUCUACCUCUGGCAGCCCCAGGGGAAAUGGUGAUAGCUUUUGCGGCCGCUUUCCUAUGUCCCUAGGGAAUUUUUUUCUGUAAUAUUUUUAACUUGGUUUUCAUUUCUGUCAUACAGAAUUAGUUGGGCCUAAGUUAUUCAUAUACUUGUUUCAAUUGGCUGAUUUUUCACCUGAAGUCUUGAAGCUAUUGUUCUUGGUUCGGGGGGACUUGGUGAUGUUUUAUUAGUUUUUGAAUUGUUUGUUCUUUUAAACAUUAUUUCAGAAAGCUUUGGAAACAUUAUUCUGGGUAGAGAUUUUCUUUGCUUGUGGGUGGUUUUUCCUUAGCAGAUAAACACCGUUUUCCCUUUUUUUCAGUCCCUUCGCUAAUGUCGGAGCAUUCCUGUGAGCUCCAUGUUCACCUGACUCCAGCAAGACAGGCCUUAGUGGUCUGGUUGCUGUGUCAGUUCUCCCGAAGUUCUGUGCCAGUGACAUUCCCAGCAACACAUACGUUCCUGUUCUCUGAUGAUUAAAAUAAUAUUACAUCCUGAGCUUUAUCCUCACCUGUUUAGCAUGAAGAACACUGGUCUGAGAACUAGGAGGCCUGAGUUCUAAUCCUGGCUUUCCUGGUAAUUAGCUUUAGGCCCUGGGCGGGUGUCUGCAUGUCUCUGCUCUUUAGCUUUCUCAUCUGUAAAAUGAAGGCAUUGGCCCCGGGUGCUGUCCAAUUGAAUGGUUCUAUAAUUUGAACUCUUGAUUCCAAAGGUAUUGAUUUCUUUAUACCCAUGUCACCUGGAAAAUUAGUUUCCCUGAUUUUAGCGUACACAAUAUUUGCUUUUCCAGAUUAUAUUUAACUAGUUUUUAUUCAAGAAAAUGUCUAGGUCCCACUUAGUUGUUGUUAGAAACUAGUUCAGAGAGAGGAUCUCCUGAAAUAUCAGAGCUUCUGUGAUGAGAAAUGCGUUUAUCUAGGAACAAGGGAGGGUUUAGAUGAUGGCAUUGCUUCUUAAGCUAGGAGUAGUAUAAUUGCUUACUGGUAGUUAAAGUUUUUAAGCAAGCCAAAGUGAUCUUAAGAGGAAAACUGCUAGAAAACUCUCGACUAUUGUUUCAUUCAUGCCUUCAGAAAAAAAGUGUGUUGAAUAACACCUGCACUCCAGAUUGUGUUCUAGGUGCUGGGGAAGCAGUCAAAGUAAACUUGAAAAUUCUUGUCUUCAUGAAGCUUCCAUUCGAGUAGGAGGAGUCAGGCAAUACGUAUAAUAAUUUAAGUAAUUUUACGUUAGAAAUUUGUAAGUUGUUUGAAGAAAAAUUAGAUCUCUGUAAGGGAAAUUUUAUUAGUUUGUUUUGGGGCAAAGAGCAAUGUUGAAAUGAGUGAUCAGGGUAGUAGGCCUUAUUGAGAAGAUUACAUUUGUGCAAACAUUUUGUAUUUCUUUGUCUUUUCUCUCUCUGGUUUUUUACCUUUUACUAUAAAAGUUUUAAAUGUAAACAGAGGUUACUGAACCCACUUGUGCCCACUACCCAGCUUGUACACUUUAAGGCGUUACUUUAAUCAAGGACAAAGAAACGUUGAAGGACAAUCACCCAGUAGGGUCAGGAUGGCAGUGGCAAAGGGUCUCAUUUUUCCCAGUGCAUGCUGCUCCCCUUUAGAAAUGUAAAGAUAUUAAGCCCUUUAUUUAUUUAUUUUUAGAUUUCAUAGAAAUUGAAAUAUUGGAACUAAGAACAGAGCAAAGCAAUAGGAAAGGGCACUUCUUUGUUUUCAAAUUGCACACACUUCCCCCUGGAGAUUCUGAUACAGUCUCUUACCCUUAAAAUCACUAUAAACAAAAUAGGGAGUCAAAGACUACAAGAAGUCAGUUAUACAUGCAACAAAAUUAAGCACAAGGAAUUAUUUUCUCUUUCUUUACCCAUGUAUUUCUGAAGAUGGUAAUGCAUCUAUCUUCCCUCUUUUACAAAAGAGAAAUAAUCUACGACCCCCCACCACCACCACCACCAAAACUAUUCGUUUACUCACAGUGAUAGUUAGAACUCAAACCUCCUAAUCUCAGCCCAGUCUUUCCAGUAGCUCAGGUGGUUUUCUAUAGUGAACGAGAAAGAAAUAAUUAGAGAUUUAUAUUUUGGCACAAAGGUUAUGGUAUUUUUUAAUAUCAAAUAUUAAAACCAGUAAAUCAGUCAGCCCUAGCAAAUUUUUAUGCAUUAAUUAUAAAGAAUCCACAAGUUAGACACUUUGUCUUUGAUUUUAGCCAGGAUGUAUUUUGUGUGUGUGUGUGUGUGUGUGUGUGUGUGUGUGUUUUCCUCUUAGGAAGUGGUGCUCUCAAAACCUCUCAAAGCACAUAGAAUUUAUCGUACCCUUUAUAUUUUUACCAAGUUGAAAUGUUUUGAGAUUAUAAAAACAAAGUGCAAUCUAGUCAUGAAUGAAAAUUUUCUGAUCUGGAGUCUGGGUUUUAUUUUUCCUCAUGUAUGGCUUCUGCCCCUGUUUUGUUUUUGUAAUAGAAUUCCCUGAAAUGGAUUAGGUGGUGAUUGAACUGAAUUUCAUUGAGGUGGAGGGAAAUCAACAAAUCUGCUUUUUUAUAUAUCAAUUUUGGAGUUUUUUGUAGCAUUCUUCAGGUUUAAUCUCUGACCUGUGUGACUUUGUAAUUUUCUGUCUCUUAGAAGGGGUUUGGCCUCAGUUGAAAAAUUUUGUACUUAGUUAUCCAUGGAGACUCGUAAUCAGCCUGAUAUGCAGAGAACAUUCUUCACUGGAAAUAUAGUAAGGUACCAAGGUCUGCAAACUUGGCCACUGCCAGUGAUUCAGAAUCACCCCCCCACCCUAAGUGAGUAAAAGAUUUGAUUUUUAAUAUGAAUGGUAUGAAUCUCCUGGUAGUAUUUUGGGUGUAUAUGUGUUCCUGCGUGUUUGUUUGGAGAGGGUAAAGAGUAUUUAUGUUGAGGGCUCUUUUGUUGAUUUUAUUUACUUGAAAUCCUUAUUUGUAAUGGCAUGUGUAUAUUUUUAUGAUGCUAAAUGCAAUCUGUAUACUUUUUGUAUAUAUGUACAUGUUUGUAAAUAUAUUGGUAUGCAGUGAUAUAGUAUGUGUAUAUUAUAUAGCUGUACCCAUUGUGGGCUGAGUUUAUUUACGUUCUGUGAGGACAUCAUAGUGGCAUUGUUCAUGCUGCUGUAAUUAGGUUGUGGCUGUAUCUCAUUCAUGAGCCUCUAUUUUAAGGGGCUUUUGUUUGGGUAAAAUGGGUAAAUUUGGGGUUGAAAUUAGGGUACGAAGAUCUGAACAGAAGGCUGGGUAUUCUUAGCUUUAAAUUCAUCUGCCAAUUUUCUUUUAAACUGAUGAUAAAAUUAGUGAUAUAAACCUGAAAAACCUAAGUAUAUGAAACUGAGACACCAGCAGGUUCUUAAGCUGUAUUAGUUCUUUAUUUUCUUGAUCCAUAGUUAAAUAUUAUUACUGAAUAGUAAAGUAUUUAUGCUGAGAAUUGAGGGACUGUGGGAAAAAUUACUUUGAUCACAUUUCAAAAUAGAGAGGAAAAUGUCCUUUAACUAGGGUAUAUGUUCCUAGUUGCCAUUUUAUUGCCUAAUACUGACUUUUAAUUUUGGAACAAUUGUUUUCACCAGUGUGUCUCAUUCUAUAUCUGACUCCGUGAGGCAGAAAAAGGGGCAUUAGCUAGGGGACUGAGGUUAGGUGAACAUCCUUGAGAGCAGGGGGUUGUUAAUCGGCAUUUUACAGCAGCUGUGAUCACAUUAGUCCCGUUGUGGCAUUUCUGACUGUAGAUGUUUCUUACGGGGGUUGCAUAUCGAAGAUGAGCGUGUUCAUCUGAGCAAAUGCUUCCAGUGAAUAAAAAGCCUCCACUUGUAUUUCUUUGUCUCUAUGAGAUCACUUGUGUUCUGCAAAUUGAUGAUAUAUUCAUACAUGAAGUAGGAUUCUUAAUAUUAGGUGCAUGGCGUGCUCUAAACUCUGGGCCUUCAAACCUCUACCAAAGAUGACAGGUGGGGGAGAUAAGAGGAUAGUAAUUAUGUACAGUGCCAAUUUGUGAACCUGUGAGAUAUCACAGAGUAGCAAUGUUCAGUUACGCCUGUCUUCACUGGGCAUGUUUAUUUGCAUGGAAGCGUGUAAAAGAUGUUUAAUAUACACUUGAAUACAGUCACCACAGAAAUUAAUUAGAGGUUAUUUUUGCAUGAUAAAAUAUAACUGCAAAACAACUGUUUACCCCAGUGUCCUUCAGAAGAUUAAUUCUGUCUGACCCAAUGUGAAAAUCUUAGAGAAGUUAGAAUCAGGAAUCAAUUUUACCACCCCCAAAAUAUUACAUUUGCCUCUUCAUUGUAUUUUUAAUAAAACAGUCAACUAUGCAUAACACUUCUCAAGUCUUACAUUUAAAAUAAUGGUAUAAAUAUUAAAAUUUGGCAUUGUAGCAUUUUGAAAAAUCAGUGAACGCGUUCAUAGAGUUUGAUGUUCACCAAAUCAUUUGUUGCAAUCGGAGACUAGCAGAGCAGGAGUUAUGCUAUUGGGUUGGCCAAAACGCUCGCUUGGUUUUUUCUGUAAGAUUGUACUGUGACAGCUGUCGUAUCAGCGUGCAUUUUUUAAAAG